GGUCCCCAACGUCUAUAGUGAAAACCAUCCCCUAAAAAUAAUCCUCAGUGUCUCAGGUUCUUUCUGCUGAGGACGAAUGAAAGGGACGAGAAACGUCGGGUGAAGGAUUUUAAUUCAUCACGGCAUUAAAAUAGGGGAGCUGACCUGCGACAUCCUUUAUGGUGCAAAGUGAAGUUAGUGAAUGGCGUCGGUUAUCCUUUAACUCCGGAGGAAUCCGGGGAAGAAGGAAGGCCGGGUUUACAAAGGGGACGGGGUUUGUCUGCCUUCGCCCGGCUGCAGCGCGGCUCCAUCCAUCAUGUCAGCCCCGCGCGGCCGUGCGCACGCGUGGCGCCAGGCGGCCGUGGGGUUCCUGCCGGUGCGGGCCCGGGGGUCUCUGGGGACGGCACCCACCCGCCGCCGGGCCCCGAGCGUGGUCUGUCCCUAGAGGCCUCGAGAAAGUGACCUCUGGACCCCGUCAUGUGUGCCUGCUCCUCCACAGCGCCAUCGUUCUCGGGUGGCUCCUUCCCCGGUGCCCCUUCUCCUUCCCUGGUGACUCUGCUCCUUCCCCGGUGUCCCCCGCUCCUUCCCCGACGCUCCCUACCCCACCCCCAGUGUCCCUUCUCUCUUCCCGGUGUCCCUCACUGCCCCGCACUGAAGCUGUCUCUUGUGUCCCCGCUGUCCCCCUCCCCAGGUGGCUCCCGCGGCGGCGAGUGGCCCGGGCCGACGACGUGAGGCGCGGGGCGGCGGUCAAUGAUCUUUGAGCAGGGGCCGCGGGCCUUGGCGAUCGCAGAGAGCAAGAUGCAGAAAACCGCCUACUACGACAACGCGGGGCUCUUCGGGGGUUACACGUACAGCAAGGCCGACGCCUACCCCUACGGCGCGGCCCAGCAGCCCUACGGUGCGGCCGGCCUGGACGGCGAGUACCCCGGCUCCGCCUGCUCCGUGCAAAGCUCCGCGCCCGGCCGCGGCCCGGCCCCCAAGGGCCCCGAGCUGGGAGGCAGCUGCAUGCGAACGGCCGGGGGCGGCCCCGGGGGCAGCCAGCCCCCCGGCAUCGGCGAGCAGCAGCCCCCGGCUCUGCCGCCGUCCUCCCCGCCCAAUCCCUCCAGCGCGCCCCCCCCGAAAAAAGCCAAGGGGGGGCCCAACGCCUCCGGCUCGGCCUCCGCUACCCUCAGCAAGCAGAUAUUCCCCUGGAUGAAGGAGUCCCGGCAGAACUCCAAGCAGAAAAGCACCUGCCCCCCCUCAGGUAGCCCCCGCCCCGUGGCCCGAUGUCCUUCCCACGGCCUUUCCCUGCAUCCCAGCGCCCCCCAGCCCGGCUGCAGGGGGCGGCCCGGGGGAUCCCAUCCCGUCUCUUCGACGGGCGCGGCCCCGACGGAGCCUUCACGGGCCGAGGGCCCCGAAGGAGGCGGCGGAGGAAGGAGGGUGCGGGGGGGGGUGGGGUGGGGAGAGGUGUGGGCGGCCGUCCCCGGUCCCACGCGGAGCGGGAGGGGCGGAGGGCUCCGGGGGACCCCGGUGGCUUUCGUGGGGGACCAACGGCUCUCCGUGCCUCUUCCCGCAGGAGAGAGCUGCGAGGACAAGAGCCCCCCCGGGCCGGCCUCCAAGCGGGUGCGCACCGCCUACACCAGCGCGCAGCUGGUGGAGCUGGAGAAGGAGUUCCACUUCAACCGCUACCUGUGCCGGCCGCGCCGCGUGGAGAUGGCCAAUCUGCUGAACCUGACCGAGCGGCAGAUCAAGAUCUGGUUCCAGAACCGCCGCAUGAAGUACAAAAAGGACCAGAAAGCCAAAGGCAUCAUGCACUCCCCCGCGGGCCAGUCCCCGGAGCGCAGCCCCCCGCUGAGCGGCGCGGCCCACGCCGGCUACUCGGGGCAGCUGCCCGCCGUCGGCGGCCUGGGCUACGACGCGCCGUCGCCCACGCCGUUCGCCAAGGCGCAGCAGAGCAUGUACGGGCUGGCCGCCUACACGGCGCCGCUGGGCGGCUGCCUGCCGCAGCAGAAGCGCUACGCGGGCGCGGAGUACGAGCCGCACCCCCUGCAGAGCGGCGGCGGCUUCGGCAACCCCGGCCUGCAGGGCAGCCCCGUCUACGUCGGGGGCAACUUCGUGGACUCGAUGCCGGCCUCGGGGCCCGUCUUCAACCUGGGCCACCUGCAGCACCCCUCCUCCGCCAGCGUGGACUACAGCUGCGCCGCGCAGAUCCCCGGCGGCCACCACCACGGACCUUGCGACCCCCACCCCACCUACACGGACCUCUCCUCGCACCACGCGUCUCAGGGACGGCUGCAGGAGGCCCCCAAGCUCACGCACCUGUAGCGGCCGGGCCGGCGGCGGCGAGCGGAGCGGGCUCGCCUCUAUUACCUCACUCCUCCGACGGGACGGGGCCG